GAGAGGGGCAUCCUCCUCUGCAGCCACGCAGCCCCCCGAAGCUUUCUCCUUCCUUCUCCUAGUACUAUAUAUAACUCCCAUCCUCUCCCAUUCUUGCCAUUACGGACACACACACGCACCCCGCCCCAUCUCUCUGCAUCCGUCCAAGAGUUGCAACAAACUCGCCGCCCCAGCGAGAAACGAAAUACGAACACCGAAUCGAUGAGGACGAGGCGUGGCGCGUGCUACUCCUGCCACGGAGCGGAAGCGGCGUCCGAUGGGCCAGAGAUGCAUCGCCGGAAGAGGCGGAAGACGGCAACGGAGGGAUCGCUGGCGGCGGUGAGCGGUCCGCCGGGAUGUGGCGCCGUGGCGGGCGACAUGUUCGAGGAGCUGCCGGAUGAUCUCGUGGUGUCCAUACUGGCCGAUGUCGCGGCGUCCGCCGGAUCGCCGGCCGACCUCGCCGGCGCCAUCCUGACGUGCAAGAGAUUCAGGCAGUUGGGGCAGAGCAAGGUUGUUCUCGCGAGGGUGUCCUCACGGUGCCUCGCCGUCCGGGCCAAAAGCUGGUCGGACUCCGCUCACCGGUUCCUGCAGCGCUGCGCGGACGCCGGCAACCUCGACGCCUGCUAUCUCCUUGGCAUGAUUCGGUUCUACUGCCUUGGGAGCCGGGGGUCGGGGGCGGCGCUGAUGGCUGCGGCGGCGGUGGGCGGGCACCGGGAGGCGCUGUACUCGCUGGCCGUCAUCCAGUUCAACGGCAGCGGCGGCAGCAAGGAGGACCGCGACCUCCGCGCGGGCGCCGCGCUGUGCGCGCGCGCGGCGUCUCUGGGCCACGUGGACGCGCUCCGCGAGCUCGGCCACUGCCUGCAGGACGGCUACGGCGUGCGCCGCUCCGUGCUCGACGGCCGCCGCCUCCUCAUCCAGGCCAACGCCCGGGAGCUCGCCGCCGCGGUCACCGCGUCGGCCUCGCUGCUCCGCGCCACGGGCGGCGGCAAGGUCUCCAGGACAGGGCGACACUCGUGCCUGCUCAGCGACUUCGGAUGCCGCGCGGCAGCCGCUGCAGCGGCAGGCGAGGCGCACGCCGCGAACCGGUUCCUGGCGGAGUGGUUCGCGGCGCGGCCGCUGGGGCCGCCUGGCGCGGCAGAGAGCCCCGCGGCGGCACAGGAGGAGGACGGCAGCGGCAGCGGCAGCGGGGGCCUGAGGCUGUGCUCGCACGGGCUUUGCGGGCGGCCGGAGACGCGGCGGCACGAGUUCCGGCGGUGCUCCGUGUGCGGCGUGGUGAACUACUGCUCGCGCGCGUGCCAGGCGCUGCACUGGAAGAUGGCGCACAAGGCCGAGUGCACUCCCAUGGACCGAUGGCUCGACGCCAACCCCAAUGCCGCCGCCGGCGACGCUGCCGUGGCCGCUCCGGCUCUGUGAUCCGCCCGUGUCGCGACUUGUCCCAACUACCCCGGCGCGUCCGUUCCUCUGUACAUGGUUGCUGCGGUAAAGUUAAAGCGUGCAGGGUUUACUUGCAGAAUCGUUUUUACUAGGUUUUGUUCGGAAGCACAAUAUUUUCCAUCGAGAUGUGAAAUAUAUGACGUCGAAAUCUCUGCCGUUGCCUUC